CUAGCGGACGGAAGAAGUCAGACUCCGACAGAGCGUAUGCGGAGUGGAUGGAUGAAACCGCAAACAGGGUCGCGAGGAAGGCAAGGAAGGCAACAAAACCGGCUGACGGUCGAGAUCGCACAUUCAUCAGAGGGAGUGAAAGAGGAGCAAGCUUCUGACAGGUUACAGCGCAAGGGCUUCGACUCGAGAUCUCUGCACGAAGUUGAUCCCGUCUCGUCGCUAGUCUUUGAAGAGUGAGCCGUUUCUGAUUCUGUCUAGCCGAUUGGAGCUUUCUGACAGUGGUAUGAAGAUGGCGCGAUGGAGCCAAUUUUACGUUACGGCGAGCUUUGUGUUUGGGCUUUGUUUGUUCGUGUCAGCGCGAAAUGUUCAUGAAGAACAAAAGGGAGCGUACGACGGACUCCUGGCAGUUUCUCAUUCUGGUCUCGAGCAGAAUUUUGUUUGUGAAGCAUGUUUGCAACUGUCUAACGAAGCAGAGUUGGUUUUGCAUAACCCUGACACCGAGAAAACCCUCGAAGAGUUAUUCUCACAUGUGGCUUGUAAUAGUCUCAUGACCCCGAAGAUGAAGGCCAAGUGCACGUCUAUGGUGAAGACAUAUGUGCCAGAUCUUCUGGUUGCAUUACAGACAUAUCUCCGGCCCGAACUAUGCACAGAAGUCAAGGUCUGCAGACCUCAACUGCAGUUCGGAAAAGAUACGAAGACUUGUGCUCUUUGUCAAGAUUUUGCUGCGGAUGCUCUCACCUACUUGGGUUCGAACAGAACAAAAACUCAGAUUAUUGUUGCUCUCCAUCUCGCCUGUUCCAGACUUGAAGAACUAAGCAAGCAGUGCGAUUUGCUUGUAGACGUAUACGCCCCUGAUCUUAUGGAGCACCUCAACAAUCUUACCCCGGAGGAGUUUUGCGAGAUGACAAGGCUGUGUAAGCCCGCCCUUGCUACCACCCAGCUUAAAAAGCGUAACGACUGUGCCAUCUGUCAGUUUGUGAUCUUGGAGUUGAAGUUUAAGCUUCGAGAUCCUAAAACUCAGGAGAGGCUGUUGGAGGUACUAGGAAAUGGUUGUGACAAAGUGAUCAACCAUGUGGAUGAGUGCAAGAUGAUUGUAGCGCAAUACGCACCUUUCCUUCUCGCCAAUCUGGAGACUAUUUUGGAUGCAGACGUUCUGUGCACUAAGAUUGGUGCUUGUACGCCCAUGAAGAACAUACACGAUAGUGAGUCGUACCUCGUUAUGGCUUCUGCUGAGAACAUCAAGCGCGUGCAUUCGCUGUAAGGAAGUAAUCGAAAUUACGGCUGCCUUAUUGGUCAUACCCGAUUCUUGAACUGCAUUAAUUGCAGUUCUAUUUUUCCCGUCUGCCCCUUGGGCAACAUAGUGAACUCAUUGCUCACAUGUGGGAUUUCUUACCAUAAUCUACCGUAGUUUGGAUUUGGGAGACGACUCAGUAAAGACUUGGUCUCUGUACCAUACUGUACAUUGUUGUUAUCUUUAAAAGUCGCAUUCUCGUUGUUAGGGUUUGUUCGAUGUCUUUCAUACCCGAAGGGAACCAAAGAUCUGAAUAUAUAUUUAAGGGAAGAGAAGACCCUCACGGGGUUAAGUAAAGAGUUUGCCUUUAUUUGGACGGUGUUCUGGUCCACGACUUAUAAGUUUAUUUGGAGAGUACAUUUGUAAGUAGAUCAAUUCUCUUUCGAACCCUCUGAAGCCGGAGGAUUACUCACAAAAUCUAGUCCAUUUAAACCCUAACCCUAAACCUUCUUGAUUACUAGUCUUACUUUGGAAUAAACUUGUGUACUAGCAAAAUAUGGGUU